CCAGUCCUGCCGCCGGGUAACAAAACCGCUGGUUCCCGCCACACGCACCCGGUAGGGCUCAGGACGCCUUACUGGCGGCGAUGGCUGGCUGAAUAGCUUCCCAACAGAGAGGCCCGAGGUCCUGAAGGAGCCGGGGGUGCUGGCGACCUCGAGGCCGCUGCUGGGGAGGAGGCCGGCCAGCGUACAGGGGGCGGAGGCGGGGCGCGCCGGGAGGCACCCAUCUCCCGCCCCGCACAGCCCAGGCGGGGCCGCAGCUCCGCCGCAGGUCCGGCUCUCACCCUCGGCUCCCGCGGCCCCGCGGCGCCUACUUCUGCGGACUCUGCGGGACCCUCCCCGGCAGGCGCUGUGCGCUGGAGAAGGCACAGGGGCGCAGGCAUGGCCGCGGGGGCGGCGGCGCGGAAGGCAGAGCCUGUGCUGGAGGCGCCCCCGCAGCAGGAGCAGAUCUCUCAUACAAAGCUUUCUGCAGAAGAUGCGUGGAACCUGCAGCAGGAGAGGAUGUACAAGAUGCACCGGGGCCAUGAAUCCAUGCACGUGGAAAUGAUCUUGAUCUUCCUCUGCAUUCUGGUCAUUGCCCAGAUAGUGCUGGUCCAGUGGAGACAGAGGCAUGGUCGAUCCUACAAUCUGGUGACCUUGUUGCAGAUGUGGAUUGUCCCCUUAUAUUUCACGAUAAAACUAUACUGGUGGCGGUUUCUGUCUAUGUGGGGGAUGUUCUCCGUUAUUACCAGUUACAUCCUCUUCAGAGCUACCCGAAAACCCCUCUCAGGAAGGACACCACGGUUGGUCUACAAAUGGUUUCUUUUGAUUUACAAACUCAGCUAUGCAUUUGGUGUUGUGGGUUACUUGGCAAUCAUGUUUACAAUGUGUGGAUUCAAUCUGUUUUUCAAAAUCAAAGCUAGAGAUUCCAUGGAUUUUGGCAUUGUGUCUUUGUUCUACGGCCUCUACUAUGGAGUAAUGGGGAGAGACUUUGCCGAGAUCUGCUCAGACUACAUGGCUUCCACUAUAGGGUUCUACAGUGUCAGCGGGUUGCCUACAAGGAGCUUAUCAGACAAUAUCUGUGCAGUCUGUGGGCAGAAGAUCAUUGUGGAGCUUGAUGAAGAAGGGCUCAUUGAGAACACCUACCAGCUUUCCUGUAAUCAUGUCUUUCAUGAAUUCUGCAUCCGAGGUUGGUGUAUCGUUGGGAAAAAGCAGACUUGCCCUUACUGCAAAGAGAAGGUUGAUUUGAAGAGGAUGAUCAGUAAUCCCUGGGAGCGCACACAUUUUCUCUAUGGACAAAUCCUGGAUUGGCUUCGUUAUUUGGUGGCCUGGCAACCUGUGGUGAUAGGAAUAGUUCAAGGCAUUAACUAUUCACUAGGGCUGGAAUAGUACAGCAGACCCCAGAAGAAAUGUACUGCAUGGUUGAAAUCCUUGGUCCUACAUUUAAUAUUAAUUUUUUAAAUUUUAGAGAUGAUCCCAAAUGUUUAGAAAACUAAGUAAACUUUGUUGUCAAGUAAUUUGUCUAUGUGGAAAGAAUUUAAAGAGAAGCUGAACAAUGGAAUAAACAAAUAAAGCAUGUUUUUUCAUAUUUCC